GCGCCCGAAGCACUUCCGCCGCUUAGUGUACGAAGUUGCCGAAUGUAUUAUUUAUUUUUAUUCACUCAUUCAAGUUAACUAUAUUAGCAAACAAUGUAGGAAAUAAGAUUCGGUGGGGCUAUUUCGGACAAAGCCAUCGACUGCCGCUAGAGGGAAGCACGCGACUGUAAAAUCAUCGGAAACAAACGUCAUCCGUCUAGCUGUCAGCCCUCAAACAGAAUGGUGAGGUAAAGUUUGUUUGAAUUUAAAGGUGUGCAAACAUUGAGCCAGAUCCUGUUGGAGACAUUCCCUAGCACUUGUCUUGACGACUUUUUUUUACAGGUAACAACUCCAAAAGUUAUAUAAGUAAAUUGUAUAUAUUUUAGAUAUGGCAUAGCAUUUUUUAUCUUUUUGAUGUCUUGCAUCAGGCACUUGAGAAACCCAGGAGAGCAUUUUGCGGUACCAAAAAUGAGAUCUCCAGACAUUCUCUAUGCUCUAACAACUAUGAUCAUAAUCUUAAUAUGGUUUUUCUCCAUUGACUGUUUAAAUCAAAAAGCUGCGAAAUGGUCAUGUAAUGUACAAGGAGAUGAACUUGAUGGUCGCUCAACAGAAAUGGAGACUUCAGAAACAGAUUGUGACAAACGAGGUCUGUUUAAGUCUCACUUUGGUUGUUGUCCAAAUCAAGACUGCCCUGUAGACCACUUCUCCUUUCACCUUCGCAGUGGAGCAGCCAACGUUGUUCCCCCAAAGAUCUGCUUUAACAAUACAAUCAUUAUGGGUGGAGCUAUGAAUAAUGCAGGACCAGGACUGAACAUUGUGCUAAUAAACGGUGAAACCGGGGAGAUUUUAAGAAGUAGUUACUUUAAUUUAGAAUCUGUAGCUGAGGAUUUACUGAAAUAUCUAAACAACAUAAAGCCAGGAAAUAUCAUUCUUGUGGCCUCACACAUCAACCCUGCAGCAAAGCUGAAUGAUGAGAUUAGAGAUAUAUUCGCUGGUUUAGGAAGCACGAUGGUCAAAUUCAUUAAUCCCAAGGAUAACUGGGUUUUUGCCGGUUCUUAUGGAAUAAAGAAAGCUAUGCCGUUUGAAAAGCUAAUUCAUUUCAAUACGGAGAACAACGCAUAUGGAGACUGGCCAGAGAUGGUGGAGAUCAUUGGAUGUUUUCCCAGAUCCUUUAACUGAGAUAAACUAUAAAAUAUCUAAUCACAGUUCACCAGAUAUUUGGAACAUUAACAAUGGGACAUAUUCUCUAAGCAAAAAUUAAGUAGUAAUUUAAUUUCACCAUUUAUACAAGGUAUUAUAUGCUUACCUUACUUUUGUGGAGCUUUUUAACUGUAUAUGCAAUAUUUUGUCAAGUAAAAAUAAAUUCAUAAAAUGACCUUC